GAAUUGGCAGUGCAAGUUAAGAUGUUGCGACGAACGUUAUUAGUUUUAUUCCUGUGCACUUUGAGUGAGUACACACUCGCUCAGAAUGCUGACGAGUGGUGGAGAGACACGUUUGUCUAUCAGGUGUAUCCAAGAAGUUUCAAGGAUGGCAAUGGUGAUGGAGUUGGAGAUCUGAAUGGUAUAACGAGUAAGUUAGAACAUCUGGCAGAUUUAGGCAUAAGUGCGUUAUGGCUGUCUCCGAUCUACACGAGUCCCAUGGUAGAUUUCGGUUACGAUAUAGCGAACUUCACCAACAUUGACAGCAUCUUCGGUACUUUAGACGAUUUCUCGCGUCUAGUUGCUAAAGCUAAAACAUUGAAGCUUAAAGUGGUUUUGGACUUUGUGCCGAAUCACAGUUCGGAUAAGCAUGCAUGGUUUCCAAAAAGUGUUCAGAAGAUAAAACCUUACGACGAGUACUACAUAUGGAAGGACGCUAAGAUGGUCAAUGGGACGCGUAAGCCGCCAAAUAACUGGCUGAGUGCUUUCCAAGGUUCCGCUUGGACAUGGAAUGAUCAACGGAAGCAGUACUAUCUUCAUCAGUUCGCAGCAGGACAACCGGAUUUAAACUACCGUAGCACUGCUUUGCAAGAGGAAAUGAAAAACGUCUUACGUUUCUGGACAAAUCGUGGUGUUGAUGGAAUCCGAAUUGACACGAUCCCGAAUCUUAUUGAAGACUCACGUUUUCUAGAUGAGCCAAAGAUUCCGAAUACUGGUCUACCAGACACUGAUCCAGGAACACUUCAGCAUAUCUACACCGCCGAUCAAGACGAGACCUACGACAUCUUGAAAUCAUGGCGCCAGGUCUUGGACUCAAGUAAUGGGACUCGUAAAAUAAUUUUGACCGAAGCUUGGACCAGUUUGUCCUUGACUAUGAAGUACUAUAAUUACGGAUCCAACGUUCCUUUCAACUUCAUGUUCAUAAACCAGCUAAACAAUCAGUCAUCACCUUUAGACUUCAAGAGAAUCAUUGACCGGUACCUGAACAGCAUCCCCCAGGGCCAGCAGCCAAACUGGGUCGUCGGGAACCACGACAGUCAUCGAGCUGGUUCUCGUUACGGAGAGCAGCGUGCUGAUCAAAUUCCAAUGAUUGCCGCCGUACUGCCAGGUGUUGGAGUUCUGUACAACGGUGACGAGAUCGGAAUGAUUGACCGCCCGCUAAGCUGGGCUGAAACCGUCGACCCCGCAGGCUGCAACGCUGGACCCGGAAGAUACAAUGUCACCUCCCGUGAUCCUGAGCGUACUCCCUUCCAGUGGGACAGCACUACCAGCGCCGGAUUCUCUACCAACCCUAAAACUUGGCUGCCGGUCCACCCCAACUACAAAACCCUUAACCUAGCAGCUCAGAAGUCAUCACCCACUUCCCACUACGGAAUCACCAAGCAGCUGGUGGCCCUUAAAAAAGACCCGAUCAUCAGAACCGGAUCCACUCAGCUUAUUGUCGCCGGAGAAAACGUUCUAGGUAUAGUUCGUCGUCUUGACCAGUCCAGGACUAUUGCCUUGUUGAUCAACUUCGCCAAUAAACCAAUUACAAUUGACGCAAGUGCUUGGUUGAAUAUUCCCACCUCCAUGAGUGUGUUGGUAGCCAGCGUUGGAUCGAAAAUAGCACCUGGCAUCCGUGUCAACACAGCUGCAUUGAAUCUACCUGCAGCAGCUUCUGUUAUUCUCAAAUAAUCGAUAACUAUAAUUUUAUAAUGUACUUAUACAUAUACAUUAUUAUAUUUUUCAUUUGAUUUUAAAUAAAGAACCCUAUUAAUAA